GAUGUUGUCAACAAAAGAAAAUGCGUAUAUAAAUUUUACAUGGUUUUGAUCAUGAACAUUUAAGGUUUAAAACAUUGGUUUGUUAAUUAACGUACUAUGCCUCAGGAGAUAAAGGUGAAAGUUAGCAUGCAUUCUCAAAAAUGCAGGAAGGAGGUAAUGAAGACUGUCACUAAAUUAUCUGGUGUUGAUGAGGUAUCGGUGGAUUUACAGAAGGAGAUGUUAGUUGUGAUUGGGGAUGUUGACCCUGUUUGCGUCGCAACUAGCUUGAGAAAGAAACGGAAGGUUGCUAAUAUUGUAAGUGUUGGACCAUACAAAGAGAAGGGGAAGGAAGUCAAUAAACCAGCUGUUGGAUUUCCAAUGAUGUAUUGUAACACUCCUUGUUAUGAUGGAUAUGGACAUUUUGUAUAUGGGUAUCCGCCAACCCGUGAUGCUGGAGGUUGCAACAUUCUGUAGAUAAUCAGAUGUAUAUGGUUUAUGUAUUAAAAGCUUUUUUAUUAUACACUUUGGAGGUCAAAUCAUAAGAAAAAAAAUCCUGAAGUUCAAAUAAUUUCAGUGAAGUUUUUGUAAUAAACAAAGAAAUAAUUACCAUGAAAAACAACCCUAGCGAAGAGCUAGGAGUGUGAAGAACAUCAGACUAGUUUCAAACAUUUGAUAUGAGAUUUUUACACCAAUUGUAUGCCAAUCUAAGACGACAUUUGUUUCUACUAUCUAUAUCCAUAACAAUGAAACGUCGCGUACACCUUCUUGGCAAAUCGUAGCAGGUACUAAUAACAACAUCGAAAUAUGACUAAGAAACGAGAGACGACAAUAAGAAACAAGAAAG